AUGUACACCCAGCCGGGCAGCGAACAUAGCGCUGGAGGGGGGCAAGACAGGAGGGCCGCCCCACCUGACUGCAUGGUCCCCAGCCUUUUACUGCAGGCCGUCCCCUUUUCUGGGACUGUCAAGGGUCUCGCAGGACGGUUCAGAUCCAUGAUCAAUGGGACUGUUCUCAGCUCCAGUGGAACUAGGUUUGCUGUGGACUUUCAGACCGGCUUCAGUGGAAACGACCUUGCCUUCCACUUCAACCCUCCAUUUGAAGAGGGAGGGUAAGUGGUGUGCAACACAAGGCAGAAAGGAAGCUGGGAGCCUGAGGAUAGGAAGAUGCACAUUCUCUCCCAGCAGGGAAUGCCCUUUGACCUCUGCUUCCUGGUGCAGAGCUCAGAUUUCAAGGUGAUGGUGAACGGGAGCCUCUUCGUGCAGUACUUCCACCGCGUGCCCUUCCACCGUGUGGACACCAUCUCCGUCAAUGGCUCUGUGCAGCUGUCCUGCAUCAGCUUCCAGAACCCCCGCACAGUCCCUGUUCAGCCCGCCUUCUCCAUGGUGCCGUUCUCCCAGCCUGUCUGUUUCCCACCCAGGCCCAGGGGGCGCAGACAAAAAGGACACAGGAGCUGAGGCUGCUUCCCUCAUUGGAAAGCACUGAAGCCCAGGAAUCGACCCACAGCAGGCCUUCAACAAAUACCCCUUCUCACCUUACGGGUGAGAUAUGGCACUGGAAGUAACGCUCUUGGCUGUGGGAGCUACAGAAAGCAGUGC